AACUCCCCCCCCUCCUCCCCCUUACCUGCCAACUUCCAAACCUCGUCCUUUAUCGGAAAGCCUGUCUGUCUGUCUGUCUGUCACUCCCUCCGCCCUCCUUGCCUUUGCUUCUACGACCACCGCGACUAUUACGACUACUACGAUUCGGCUCCUCUCGCCCUUCCUCCCCCAUCGUGUCCGUCUGACCGGCCAUCCCCCGCCAAACUCACCGCCACUCACUUUCGUUUUCCUUCUUGAUACCCUCGAGAUCCCGUCGCCACUCCGCCACGGCUAGACAAUACGGCUAGAGAGGUGCCAUUCAUCUAUUCUUAUUUGGCUACACCGGCGCGAACUCGCCAUCAGACACAAUGUGUGGGAUCUUCGGCUACAUCAACUACCUGGUCGAGAAGGAUCGGAAGUUCAUUCUCGACACGCUCGUGAACGGUCUCUCUCGUCUUGAGUACCGCGGGUAUGAUUCGGCUGGUCUGGCAGUUGAUGGCGACAAGAAAAACGAGGUUCUGGCCUUCAAGGAGGUCGGCAAGGUCGCCAAGCUCAAGCAGCUCAUCGAGGAGUCCAAACCAGACCUCACCAAGGUUUUCGAUUCACAUGCCGGUAUCGCACAUACUCGGUGGGCAACUCACGGCCCUCCCUCUCGGCUGAACUGCCAUCCCCACCGAUCCGACCCCACGUGGGAGUUCUCUGUCGUCCACAACGGCAUCAUCACUAAUUACAAGGAAUUGAAGACCCUCCUAUCUGCUAAGGGCUUCAAGUUCGAGACCGAGACCGAUACAGAGUGCAUCGCUAAGCUCGCAAAGUAUCUAUACGACCAACAUCCCCGCAUUGACUUUGUCGAUCUCGCGAAGGCCGUUAUCACCGAGCUCGAAGGCGCCUAUGGUUUGUUGAUCAAGUCCGUCCAUUACCCCCAUGAGGUUAUUGCUGCUCGCAAGGGCUCGCCCCUCGUCAUUGGCGUCAAGACGCAGAAGCGCAUGAAGGUCGACUUUGUCGAUGUCGAGUACUCCGAAGAGAACGGCGCCCUGCCGGCUGAGGCUGCCUCGCAAAACGUGGCCCUCAAGAAGCAGACGGGUAAGCUCCUGGCUCCGAACUCCUUGCUUGGCGCUCCCGACAAGUCUCUCCUCCACCGCUCGCAAUCUCGUGCGUUCAUGACCGACGAUGGCUUGCCCAUGCCUGCCGAGUUCUUCCUCUCCUCGGAUCCUUCUGCCAUCGUGGAGCAUACCAAGAAGGUUAUGUACCUUGAGGAUGACGACAUUGCCCACAUCCAUGAGGGCUCGCUGAACAUUCAUCGUCUCAAGAAGGCCGAUGGCAGCUCAAAUGUCCGUAACAUCCAAACCUUGGAGCUCGAACUUCAGGAGAUUAUGAAGGGAAAGUUCGACCACUUUAUGCAGAAGGAGAUUUUUGAGCAGCCCGAGUCCGUCGUGAACACGAUGAGAGGUCGUCUGGAUGUCGAGAACAAGAGCGUUACGCUCGGCGGGUUGAGGUCGUAUAUCGCCACCAUCCGUCGGUGCCGGCGCAUCAUCUUCAUCGCUUGCGGCACGAGCUACCACUCUUGUAUGGCUGUUCGAGGCAUUUUCGAGGAGCUUGCAGAGAUACCCAUCGCCGUCGAGCUAGCCUCCGACUUCCUGGACAGGGAGGCGCCCGUUUUCCGUGACGACACAUGUGUGUUCGUUUCGCAAUCCGGCGAGACGGCUGACUCGCUGAUGGCCCUUAAGUAUUGCCUCGAGCGUGGGGCUCUGACUGUGGGCAUUGUUAAUGUUGUCGGCUCGUCCAUCUCCCUCCUCACGCACUGCGGUGUCCACGUUAAUGCCGGCCCGGAAAUUGGUGUCGCCUCCACCAAGGCGUACACGUCGCAAUUUGUUGCUAUGGUUAUGUUUGCUCUAUCUCUUAGCGAGGAUCGGGCGUCCAAGCAAAAGAGGCGCGAGGAGAUCAUCGAGGGUCUCUCGAACAUCUCCGGCCAGAUCAAGGACAUAUUGACACAGGAUCAGUCUAUCAAAGAGCUUUGCGCGAAGACGUUCCAGAACCAGAAGUCUCUGUUACUACUAGGACGUGGCAGCCAAUACUCGACUGCUCUCGAGGGCGCUCUGAAGAUCAAGGAAAUUUCCUACCUUCACUGCGAAGCUGUCAUGUCCGGUGAACUGAAGCACGGCGUAUUGGCUCUGGUUGACGAGAACCUGCCCAUCAUCAUGAUCCUGACCCGCGACGACCUCUUCAAGAAGUCGCUCAACGCUUAUCAACAAGUUGCUGCCCGUGGCGGGAAGCCCAUCGUCAUCUGCAACCCUGGCGACGAGGAAUUCCAAGCUAGCCAGGCCCAGAAGAUCGAGGUGCCUAAGACCGUCGACUGCCUGCAAGGUAUUCUGAACGUCAUUCCUCUACAGCUCAUCGCCUACUGGCUGGCCGUUAUGGAGGGGCUGAACGUCGACUUCCCGCGUAACCUGGCCAAGUCGGUCACUGUCGAAUAAGCUUGCACGUUUGUACGAUUACACUUAUACCUGACGGGUUUGCGACGUGACGACGGAGUUGGCUACGAAAUGAUAUCACCGGUGGAUGG